AUGGCAUCAAGAAGGAAGCAACCCGCUGCCAAAAAGCGGGAAACCAUUCAUUUCGUCAACGCCAGACCCACCACCGAGACAGAACGACUCGAUGCUCAGCGACUGGUGCGCGCGCAUGUCGGUCGCUGGAUCUCAGAACAAACGAAGGAUAGAUCCGCUGGCGAAUCGUCUAAUGUCCACUCCCGUCCAGUCCAUCCGGUCCAUGACUCUUCUAUCCGCGCUGGUCCCGCGCCCGCCACUUUUACCCUCGUCUCGCGUCCCUCUAGCCCUUGCAACCCCAUUGCAGGCUCGAACUACCCCUUUGCGCACGACUCCCGCUCUGCACAAAAGGGGUCCCGGGCCUCGCCAUUCCCGCCCUCUCACGCGAGCGAUAGCAGUGAGACCAGCAACGGUGACGAUGCGCAUGAUGUGACGGUGUUCUCUUCGGAGCCGCGAGCUGUCGUCCGGUUCAAUGAGCGCCCUUCUUCUCUUGAACGGUUGGAGCGGAAUCUCGCUGAAAUAUUUGAUCCCUUUGCCACAUAUCCUGCUCCUAGCAACUUCGAGCCUGCGAUUGUCAAUAUGUCCGAGCGCUAUCUCACGAAGUGGUUCCAUCUGUCCAUGUCGGAUCCGGCGUUGUUCACCGCGUUCAUGUUUGGUGCGCUCUGUCAUCUUCGCGUCCAGUGCAGGAACAGAUGGGUGACUGGGACGAAAUUCGGUCGAAGAGAGGCGCGAGCCCUGGAGUUAUGUGAGAUGGAAUCUAUCAAGUUGAUCAGUCAGGCGAUCCAGGACCCCAGUCGUGCGGUCAGUGAUGCCGUUCUCCUCAGUGUCAUUUGCAUGGCGCAUCAUCAGGCGGAUAAGAACAUAUCACAACAACACCAGCGAACGCCAUUUGAUCCGCCUUUCCCGCGGCUGCAGUGGAUUGACGUCUACGGAUGUCUGCCGCCGAAUAUGAUCCAUAUCAAGGGGCUGUUGCAGUUGGUCGAAUUACGUGGUGGCCUGACAAAUAUCCCUACAGAGGGUCUCGCCGCGACAAUUUCCUUCUCCGAUAUCCUCACUUGUAGUUCUCUCUGCAUUCACCCAUGUUUCGACUUCUGGCCCCUGGUCGACAGCCGAAUGGGCCUGUCAGUCCAGGAAAUUCUUGGCUUCGGCCCACUGGACGUUGACCGAGGAUUUGGUCGCUUGCAGAAGAUCGGCGCCACGCGUCAAAUGGCAGAAGCCUUCCAAGCAGUCCACACCUACAUCGGGAUCGUCAGAGCAAGCCCGACCUCCACACCCGACGUCUCUCUCCUCACCGACCAGCGCAACCUCACCCAACACACCCUCAUCUGUAUCGCUCCCGCGUCAGAAGUUGACUUCGCCUAUCCUACCCAGGCGGCUACAUACGAAGCCUGCCGUCUAGCGGCUAUGAUCUUCGGCGUCGGAGUCAUCUUCCCCAUCCCACAACAGAAUACCCCGCUCAACACCCUCGCCCGCUCCAUCAUUUCCGUCCUCCUACAACCCAACUCUUCAGAACUGUGGUCUUCUCCGUCUACUCGUGUGCCGCUUAUAUGGGUGUUGACUCUCGGCGGUAUCGCAGCGACGGGUACUCUCGACCGUCGCUGGUUUGUCUCUGCUCUGGGGGAUAUCACCCGCAAAACGGGGUUGACGUCCUGGGCCAGCGUCAAGUCUGUCUUGGCUUCGAUGCUGUGGUAUGAUCCUGCCUGUGAUACGGCGGCAGAGGACUUAUGGCUGGAAGCUGCUGCUAGGUAUAGGAAUAUUUGA